CACACCUAAGCACCUUCACCAUCCAUGAGCAUAAGUGGUCGCACUCGUUAGCUUGUGUCAUAGCGUUCUGAGCCUGGCGGUGAUGCGCUUCCAAUUCUGGCCUGAUGACAACUCGCAAUCGAAAUGAAAGACGCUUGCUCAUACCUAUCAGUUAGCCGUCGCUGGUGAGCAAGUCUAAGAUAUGUCUCGGUCUACCCACCACGGAAAGCGUACGCGAGUGCAGAAGAUUUGCACACUCUGGACACAUGACGAUAACUUCUCAAGAGACGAUGUUGUUUUCAAUAGCGAUAAAUUUCCGGAGCUCCCAGCCACACCGGGGUCCUUGAUUCAAGUCAUAGCUAUCAAAUACGGUACAGCUACCCGUGACUUUCAGUCGUCGUCGAGGAAUGUCGGAGACGAUAGCAUUCAGGCGAAAGUCGAAGAGUCCAAGGAUGCGGCUACAGACUCAAUAUCACGAAGAAGUCGUAGAGGAUCCAUAAAGGUCACGCUUGAUGAGAACGGAUCAAUUAUCCAAGAAGACCGUGAAGUGGAUACGGAAAAAUCCUACAUUUUUGUUGCGAAACCUUUUCCAACCGAUCUGAAGUCAAAACAUUCCAACUUGCAAGUCUCGAUCGCCGAAAAGAUUGCCAAAGUAUUCGGACUGCGCAACCGCAUGCAGGUUGUUGUUACAUUGGCCGAUGAGCAUAAGCACUCUGCUUCUCACGUGGAGGUCACCUUCCGAGAUGAAUACCUGGCAAGAGCUGAUAUGUGGCGCAUGUCGAUAGCAGAGCUGAGUAACCGCACCGUGUAUCGAGGGCAAAAGUUACUCUUCAUGGGAACAAUCAAGGCAACGGUGAAGAACGUAUAUAUCAACGGACAGUCAACCCACUCCGGUUACUUUUCCUCCCUAACGAAGCCUGUGUUCCGCAGCGAAUCUGCUCGUUACACGCUCUUCAUUCAGAUGUCGAAAGAGAUGUGGGAUUUCGACGCCGAGGGUGCUGGAGAGAUCAUGUUCAACAAAGUGGUCAAUGGCUUCUUACCGGAUCUCUUCAAGCGUUGGUUGAGGAUUAACGCACGACAUCUUGUAACAAUCAUACUUUUCACUAGGAUGCAGUAUGACCCUGAGUCUACACCGAAACAACCUAAUGAAACCACCGACAACAAAGGUUUCGACCAUCGAACUGGACGUUUUCGCGAUUACUACCGCGUUGUAGUCUCAGACAUGGCCAGUGGGGACUGGGUCGAUAUCUUAUACCAGCUAAAGAAAGAGUUUCGUUCAUUCCUCAAAGAUGUUUCGCUGAUUCCUAGACAACAAUAUUCAUCAUCGACAGCAGAUGUUGCGACUCCGGGGCUUCCCGAACCUCAGCUUGUCAUCGCGGGUAAACCAUCUACGGCUGCCCAGGGCAACAUUCUAGAAGCAAUUAACUUAGCUGGCGCCCAAUUUGCAAAAGACUACAUUGAUCGAGACCUGGUGCGAACCGGCAUCUCCGUUAUUGUUGUCACCGCUGGUACUGGCGUCUUUGAGGUCGACUACAACAUGCUCAAGUUGACCACUGACACUCUGGUGGGCUCUGGGAUAGGUAUCGAUCUCGUGUGCCUGUCGCCUAUGCCACUGCACUCUGUACCACUAUUCAAAUACCGGAGCCCUCGUUCUAUGUCGAGCUUGCAAGGAAGUGCGAGCGACGUUGAGGAACAAAACACACCGGUAAAGGAUUUUGACUACUAUGACGAAAAGACACCUCGCCAAAACAAACCGAACUUCGGAUCAGUGAUACGAAGAUCUCCUCUACAGGCCCCUCCAAUCAUUCUCGGGGACCCACCAGAUGUCCAAGAACAAGAGCAGUGGCGGUAUGCAAUGCCCCACUGGGUCGAUAUAUCCUUCUGGUCCGGUCCAUUCGAAGAAAUCCUUGAGCUUGCCAAAGUGCGAAAAUCUGAGAAAAUUAUCAAGAGAGUGCAGAAGAAAAGCGGCUCUUUUGCGCUCAGAUGUCGAAUGUAUGAACUGCAAAUGAUGGGAGUCAUGGAAAAUGAACUGGGCGACAUAUCGAUACCCUACUUGGAAGAAGAUCCGUUUUACCCCCAGCGACUACGCGAGAGAAUAGAGACUGCUUCGACAGCUGUUGCCAUUCGAGACAUAACCGGGAUGACGGGGAGACUACCCUCAAAUGGCACCGAAGAAAAGUCUGGAAGCGAGCUUGAUGAGAUGAGAAGAUUGCAUGAGAGGUGGAUGGAUGAUUUUGACAGCAACGUGUUCACUCCUCGGAUGGACAAGAACAUACGCCAUACUCAAUCUCAGCUCGCAAAGCAACCCAGUAUUUCGACUGUUAAAGUUGACUCAGCAGAACAGGCGGUUAAAAGCUCGCUAUUAGCAUCCUCUUACCGUAGUGUCGCAAAGUCACAUGGAAAAGCAUCUCGAGUUCAUGCUGGCCUAGAUCCUCCGCAGCCCAUGCGAGACGUAUCUGAGGAGACUGAUGUGCCUUCUCGUGUGAGCGCCUUUCAGACACCUGAAUACAACGGCCCUGGUGUACCACGUGCGGAUGUGCUGGCCCGACAAAUGGCGGGCGAUCAAUCGAGCACUGUGAAACGUAGACCAACAUCGCAUAGAAGGGGUGCUUCCGGAGACUCGAACGAUCAUCGUACUUCACAGUACUCAACUCCGCGCGAUUCGCCUGCGCCAAGUCGAGGCCAUAGCCCUCCAGAAGAUAGCGGACUUCCACCAUUGCCUCGCACGACCACUGCAACUUCUAUGACAAAUGAAACGAACCCUGCACGGUGGUUUCUUAGACAGAUCAGUUUUGGCGGAAAGAGAGGUACAGCCCCGAAAGCGGCCACAGAGGCAGCCAUCGGCCAGGCUACCAUCGACAUCACACCGGGGAAAGUCAAACUAGCGAAGUUGGCCGCGGGGGGUGUAAACCAUACAGGUCCUAUUGCUGAGAAGCUAGCAAGUACACGAGUGGAGAAAUCACAGCCCAUCGCCAUCAGAAGUGUAUCUCGAGCAGGCUUGUCGUCUGAGGAAUCAUCUUUGCCAGGAAAUGUGGGCCGUUCGGUUGAAACAGUCAAGGGUUUCCGCUCAAUGAAGACUUCGAUUCCGUCUCAUCCGAGCUCGGUUAUCAAGGAUCCUGGAUCCACUUUCUUACUUGCGGGCUCGCGUGCCUUGGGUGACUCAGUUCCUCCAAAACCGGACUUGAAUAUGAUGUCGACAAGUGGCGGCGCGAAAGGAAUUCCCCGGACAUUAUCACCGACCAGUGCCAUCGCUCCCUGGGCUGUCCUGGUCAAUCCCUGCAACCCAAAGAAGAACAACAUCAGCAUUGCCAGCCAGUUCCGACGUUGGCAGCAUGUGUUCCCCAAGCGAUUGAAGACUGCUUCCGUGAAGUGGAAAUCACUUUGCUCCCCAGCUGCGGUACCCUUAACAAACGAAUACUUUCCUAGUCCCGAGCAGCUGGCGACCGAGUAUAAUGAAAGUCCGUACAAAAUCACACAGAACGAUGACGAGGAAAUGCUCGAAGCUCCCAAGUCCAGGGAGUCUCUAGUCCGCGAACUCAUUGCAUUCCGUUUAUCUCAUGGUUUCCAGAUCAUCGUUGGCCCAGCAGUAGCGGAAUUCUCAGGACGCCGUGAACUAGACCUUUCCAACAUUUUCGAUGCGAAUUACAUGUCUAGUGAUGGAGACACCGUGUUCCUCAGUAUCGGCAAUAAUAUUCACCAGCUUGUUUGUGUUGCUGGUGGCGAGGUUGAGAUCAAGCGGUACAGUCGCAAACCCACAACAGCGCUCCAGUCGUCGGCGGGUAUCGAUACACCUUUCCCUUAUAGACCGUACAUCCGAACAGCUUUUGAAGACAACUAUGAACCACGGAAUGUCAUACUUCGUCCACCUCGAAAGGAGUAUAAUUGGAAUUUCAUCGAUUCCUUCCUAGCUGGAUACCAGGACGAAUUCUCCGAGGUGCUGCGGUUUUGGAGAGCUCGUUUCGUACUGAUACCGGUCGAUCUUCCAACCAUCAAUAGACGACCGCUGCCAAUGCUAGCUGAGGACUCCGAGGAAGAAAUCCGGCUCGAAGGUAUUCGGAAGCUGACUCAAGUAUGGCAGAAGUACCGCUACAUUCCGCCAGAGGAGCGUCAUUUUCAGGCAACGAACAGUCGAAAACAAAAGGACCCAAAUCCCCUGGCGAUAGAAUAUCAAACUCGUGAUCCCUCCGCUAUUGUUGCUGCAGGUGCGGAAAAUUCUCUCAUCGACGACACCGCUAGCGAGUUUCCGACGUCAAUUUUCUCCGAGACGGAACAAUACCAGACAUCCAAUAUUGAUAUAAAGAAGCUUGCUGAAGAUAUCCAAGGUGAAAAUGGUAUCCCUAUGCUUGACCGACGUUGGCACAUGCGGUUGCAUUACAACUGUUUCCUUGGUUUUGACCUUACGAGUUGGCUGUUGUCGAAUUUCAAGGAUGUUGAAACGCGCGACGAAGCUGUGGACCUAGGAAACCAACUCAUGAAGAAAGGGCUCUUCGUCCACGUCCAAAAACGGCAUGCAUUCCGUGACGGAAACUUCUUCUACUCAGUCGCUCCCGAAUACCGGGCCCCGCGACCUGAGUCGAAGAGUGGUUGGUUCGGGCUUCGUAAACCUGAUCGAUCUGUCCCCUCUACGCCUCUUUCCGAUGGCCCACGUACUUCACCUUUAGCUUCGAGAGGAAGCUUGCGCUCACGCCCGAGUACUAGCGACUCGUCAAGCGUGGGUUCCGAGAAGGACGGAGGGAAAACGCCUACUCGCUCGGGCACUCCCAAACGUAAAGUACUCUUGUCGCGUGUCAUGCGAUACGAUGUGGACCCUCGCAAGCGUUCCUAUCGGCCAGAGAUCAUCUCCCUGCACUACGACCGGUUGUCUAACCCAGACAACUGUUACCACAUUCGAAUAGAUUGGAUGAAUGUAACGGCAAAGCUGAUCGAGGACGCCAUCGUAUCUUGGGCCACCAGUGUUGAAAAGUACGGCCUGAAGUUGGUCGAGGUACCAAUCGCGGAAGCGUCGAAUAUUGCCGACCAUCACCCUUUCCGCGAGCCGUACAUAGUCAAGCUUGCCCUACAACCACCUCAGACGCAGAAUGAAGCUGGCUGGGACUUCUCGGCGCAAUACGCCAAGAAUGACAAGUUCGCUUACCAUAAAGCUCUACUACGCAGACUUAAUUUCGUACUGGAUCUUGAAUCUGCUGAUUCAUUCCCUACCGAUGUAGAGGUGGCAUACUCAUGGGGCAGUCCGGAUUACAAGUAUACACAAUUCAUUCACAAGAGCGGCACACUCAUGGCACAGAUUUUGCAUGAUGGCAACUUCGCAGUAUUGGCCAAUCGCCUGGCGCACAAUCGCGCAAAGGACACGAACAGGUUCAGACCGACAGAUCCGUAUGAGCACAAACGCGCAGUGAACGACAAAGACCGGAUGCCCACAACCCCAGCAGAACGUGCAAAUCCCCAUCGGUCGCCAUUCUCUAGUCCCCUAGCCCGUCCAGUACAGGACUCUAGCCUCCUGCACAGUGCGCUGCAGGCUCAACCAUCCACUACCCCUACUCCAAUCACAGCGACUGCAACGCCAGCUGGCACUGGCAUAAUACAAACCCCCGAGCAGGUCAAGGAUGAGCUGGAGGCAUUCUGCUCGAAUGCUACUCUUCUGCAGGCGUUCUAUGCUACCGAGGCGUUCAAGCAAGCGCCACACCCUUCGCCGUCUCCCCGCAUACUCCCUGUUCUCGACAACAAUAUUCCAAACCUGGGCUUGCCACCGGCAGUCUUCGUCUCCGGCGCCAGCCCAGCCAGCAGCCCAUGGUCACUCAGUGGGAACGUGAUCAGCAGUAGCAGCACAAUUGCGGGGCGUAGGCAGGGCAAUGAUGAAGGGCACGUAAGUUCAGCCGGCAGCAUACGACCAAGUCUGCUCGGAGCAAUGGGUUCGAGGAGGAGAAGCGUAGCUUUAGAGGAGAUUAUGUUGCCUAAGCGGUCAGAUAGUCAGUCGAGUUCGGGAACGAGUUAGGCACGCGUAUGGCUGUUAGAGGUUCAUUUCGUGAGCAUGAUUGGUAGCGCCAUGCUCUUCACAUUUUGAGUGAGGUUUCACUGUAUGCCUCUGUUUUUGUACAAUGAGCGAGUCGACCCGAGUCGACCUUGCGACACAGUGGUAUUCGCAUUGUGGAUUCUUGAAGUAGAAC